AUGACUUUGGAGUCUGGUUCGCCUGUAGUUACGACUGGUUCUCAUCCUAGAAGACCUCCCGCGCACCUCUCCGUAUCCUUGAAGCACGAUGUCCCUUCUGUUGAAGACGAAAAGCCAGCGCCAUGUGUUGCUCUAGCGAAGUUGGACACCGCAGACCAAGAUGGUACUUCCACCUCACCUCUGAUGAAACAAACAUCCGACGAUUCAGAGGAUACGGUCGGUACGAAUGUGAAUGAAUGGUUUGAUCGCUCGAACACACGUCCUGUCAUUGCCAUCAACCGAGACGAGUCUGGAGAAAGCAGUGACCCGCCAUACUUUCUUCAGCAAAGCUCCAACGAUGACACCGAUUCCAGCAAAGAAUUGCCUACUCGAUCUAAACGAUACAAUCUGCAUCCAUUAAACGCCAUAUCCAGAUCUCGAGAUGGUAGUGCAUCGGAAGAGUAUCGUAGCAUCAUUGACGAUUUGACGAUUGAGAACAAAAAGUUGAAGGAGAGAUUAAACAGAUAUGGACGCUCAUCUGUCGCCCACUUGGAGAAUGAAAAGCUCUUCGAGGUCAAGAUACAUUCCCUAUCGGCACGCAAACGAAGGGAGCUAGAAGAACUUCUUCGCUCGUUUUCGACUAGUUUUGAUAGUUCGUCAGAAGAUCUCAGCAUAAAGGCUCCAGCGAAUCGGCAGUCAAGGCCUUACACAUUUUCUGGCAAAACCUCCAAGCAAAAAUCUAUUUCCUCGGGGUCUAAUUCUCGACCAACUGAUUCCGCAUAUGCCUCCAUGUCAAGAUCUGGACCCUCUUACAGUUCAGCCGGGGAAGGACAUCCAACAGCCCCAUCGCGAGACGCGGCAGAUAAGAAAAUGCAAGACUUUUUACAGGACAUUCCUCAGGGGUUAUUACCGAGAACUUCUCUAGAGAUGUCGGAGAAUCAACGGAGGAGGAUGGUUGUUCGACGUCUGGAACAACUAUUCACAGGGAAGAAAGGAUCGCUCAUCGGUGUUCACAGCCAUUCUCUGCAACAGCAAGAAGUUUCUAGGUCUGCUGCGCGAGCGGACCAAGUCUCGCAAAGCAAAUUUCAGCCUAAAGAAGGUGUACGCGAAGCUCACAUUGGUCCACAUAAUAUGGAACUAGAUCGGCAAGGAUUGGUAAGUACCCAAAAGAAUUCGAAGACGAGCCAAUCGCCAACAGAACAGUCAACCUCUCCCCAAAAGUCUCGCGGAUCGCCUUCACCAGAACAGAGGCCAACCAGACCCUUGGAUUUGGAUCCAGACCGUGACCAAGUCGGUUCUGAUAACGUCGAGUACAUUCGCCACCUUGGAAUAUCGGCCCCCCAAUUAUUAACCGAAGAAUCACAAGAUGCUGCCGUGGAUGCCGACGGUUGGGUUUAUUUGAAUCUUCUCAUCAACAUGGCGCAACUGCACAUAAUCAAUGUUACACCUGACUUUAUCAGAUCUGCCGUCACAGAAUUGAGCAAAAAGCUUCAAGUAUCUCCAGAUGGCAAGAAACUGCGGUGGAGGGGUGGCACGGAAGGAACACAUUUAAGCAGCGACAGUGGUGGCAGUAGCGUACAUCAUCGAUCUCCGCUCGAUAGCGAUGGCAGUGAUGAAGCUUCCCGCAAAAGGCGCAAGGUUCACGCGAACAAAUUCACUCUUACCGGAAAGGCACCUUCAAAAACUUUGAACGAAAAUACGAAGGGCUCUGUCGCAACAGGUGCAUUCUACUAUGAGCCAAUGUUUGUUCAUUAUCCUCAGCGUACCUCCGUGGCAUCUGGCGAUGAAAGCAUCCUGUCACAAAACCAUUACAAUCUUCCUGGAUUUGCUUCCCCAUACCAAAUCUUUGGCAGUAAUAGUCCACGCGACGAUGGACCCCUGAUAUUCUACAAUGGAGCCAAAUUCUUCACCGAUCUUUCUGGCGACCGUGAUGAUCUAGAAGCUCCGCUGCACAUUACAGGUGUUGACAAAGAUGGCUACAGCAGCCAUACUCGCAAUGCGAUUGGUUGUUCACAUCCUGAAAGACAUCUACUUAAAAACAGGACUCCAUCUGGCUCGCUUCUACCAUUUAGGCCUUUCAAGGAUUAUUCGAAAGGAGUAGAUUUGUUUCAAACACCCGAAACGAGACCGCAAACUCCAAGUGUACUUUCAGAUGACGUGGACUUCGAGUUCACUACCGAUUUAGCUUGUGGUAGCCCGGGAUCUCCCUCAUCUCCGGUUGACUUUAGUGCCAGUGGUCUUGGCGGUGUACAACCAGCUGAUCAUUUGCUUUUCAAGGUACAUACACGAUGGACCAUUGAUGAUCACGCUCCCGUCAAGGUUUCCAAAUUUUCUGCACCACGCUCGACUUCGAGGAAGAUUGUACACACCAUUCCAAAGUCUUCAUUAGACUCAUUUCAUAAUCCAGAGCCCCAGGAUAAGGUGGAUAGCAUACUCGACAAAUUAAACCGCUUGACCACUUUCUCCAAUGAGCCUGCAACUCCUUUGCCAUCCCAAUCGCAUGAAAGUUUACCUGUCAAGACAGAAAAUAUCUCGGAAGAAUUAGUAAUACUUCAACCAUCAACACUACCAGCGCCAUCCUCUUAUUAUAGCAUGUUUUCCGGUACCGAAACUACAGGAGAAUACUCUGAUUCCUCAUCCUUCUCAGGCAUAGCUCAUCUUCGAGAUGAGCCUCUAGAGAAAGACGACGAUCUCAUGUCAGAUAAUGAUAUACAGGUAUCUUCGGAUGAUGGUGCUAUGGACGUCGACGACGCGGAAGAAGACGAUGAUGAUGAAAGCAUCGAUAUGUUAGCAUAUGUGCGAGGAAUUGAUCCUACAGGCGUAGCCGCACAGGAAGAAAAAUACGAAUGGGAAGCAAGUGAUAAGUCAGUUCAAUUAGGGAGUGCAGCUUCGAAAUCGGUUAAUCCAGUUAUGUUCUCUGAGGCUUCUGAAGUAGAACUUUGA